GUGCUGUGUAUCCUCGCUCUCCUGCUCUCCUGUGCGUGUGUGCACGUCCUCGCUGAAGAAGUGCCUGCCGCCGAUCUUUCCGACCAAGUCCCUGAUACGGAGAGUGAGACAAAGAUUGUUCUUAAUGGUACUCCUACGUGCACUAAUGCUGAUGGUACUCCUGGGUGCUCUCCUGGUUCUGGUACUACUGCUGCAGUUCCUGCCCCUGCCGCUCCUCCUUUAACUCAUGCAGCUCCUCAAGGUCCUGCUGUUGAUGCUGCUGAACCUUUAGCGCCAGAUCCUUCUGGAGUUGUUGGUACACAAGCGACUGAAGAGAGUGAAACCGGGAAUGAAAAGAGUACGGAUACGAAGAAACCUGCACAUGAUGGAGGUUCUCCAAACAUGGACAAUUCUCAAAGUGAAGCUGUGAAGAACAAUGCGGGAACAGAAGGACCACAGGGAGAUCAAAAUGGAGCACAACCCAAUUCUUCUACUGCAGCCAGUACAGGUAACACAGACACUCCAGAAAACAGUGGGAGACAAGAACAGACAACUGACACAAAGGAUUCUCAACCAAACAAUAAUACAGUUGAUACCAAUACCUCAACAAGCACAACCUCUGAGACUGUCAACACACCUAAUAAUGAAGAAUCAUCCACCACUACUACCACCACCACCACAACAACAACAACAACACUUCCUCCUGAACUCACAAACAACAAGAAGGGUGAUGCAGACAGCAGCAGCAGUAUCAGCAGUUCUGUGUGGGUACGUGUACCACUACUGAUUGUGGUUACACUGGCCUGUAUUCUUGUGUGCUGA